AUGGGAUCCAACAGCGGUAGAGCCACUAAGCUUCCUCUGGUGCCUCUGGCCAAGGGCUCCGUUCUACUUCCCGGUGUCACCCUACGCAUCCCGGUCUCUAAUCGUCCCGAUCUCACCAACCUGUUGUCGUCUCUGGUGGACCGGCCUUCAAAGCGUGACGGCAAUUCGAUCACCUUCGGAUGUAUUCCCUUGAGCUCGCCAUUCCUCAGUCGCGAUGGACAACAACUCCUAGAGGGUGAGGAGUCGGAGGAUGAUAGAAAGGAGGAUUACGAUUCAAUCGACGCUGGCCAGGCACGCAAGGACGACCUCUUCCGUUAUGGUACGGUUGGUAAGGUGAUCGGGGUUCAGCGCCGGGCUUAUGCCGAGCCAUACCUGCUCGUCCAAGGCUCCCAGCGAUUCACCAUUAAGAAGGUCUUGAAGGAUCGUCCAUUCUUCGAGGCGGAGGUGUAUCUCCAUGACGAGAGCACUUCAUCUAUUCACGGCGAUCCCGAGGCCGCUGAAUUGUUCCAACAAUUGCGACAGCUCUCUCGUGAGCUUCUUACCCUCCUGCGUCUAUCCUCACUACUCUCUGCCGCCUCCACUCGCUUGUCGCCACUCGUGGCACGGAAGUUUGAACUUUAUAUCUCCAAGUCGGAAUUAGGCCAGGCAGGAAAGCUCGCCGACUUUAUGGCCGACGUAUCCGAUGCAAGCUUCGAAGAGAAGUUGCGGAUAUUGGCCUCAUUUGAUGUGAAGUUGCGAUUGGAGCGCGUGGUGGAGAUACUGACUCGCCAAGCUCAGCAUAUUAAGAGCAGCGUGAAGAUCGAUCCACGAGAGCGCGAGAUUUUGGCAAGACGUGCGAUGCAGGGAUUGUCAGGUCUCACGCCGCCUGGACCGGCUGGCGGCCGUGGUAACGAUAAUGAAGAGAAGGAACCGAAUGAGAUUGAUGAGUUGGCUCAAAAGCUCAAGGAUGCACAGCUCAGCCCAGAAGCUCAGAAGGUUGCGGACAAAGAACUUAAGCGUCUGCGCAAGAUGAACCCGGCCAACGCCGAAUAUGGUGUUUGUCGGACAUACUUGGAGAACCUGGCUGAGAUCCCAUGGGCCAAGGUCACUGAAGACCAGCUCGGCCCUGAUACACUUCAAAGGGCUCGUAAGCAGCUCGAUGAAGAUCACUACGGCUUGGAGCGGAUUAAGAAGAGACUGUUGGAGUACCUGGCUGUGCUUCGGUUGAAGCAGAACACCAACCAGGAUGUGGAGCGGCAGAUCACUGGCCUCACGAAGGAUCUGGAUGCGGCCUCCCACGGAGACCUAGAGAACGAUGUUCCUUUGAUCUCGGAGGCUGAUCGGGUUGCGCUUGAAGCUCGCCUGGAGAUCUUGAAGUCUAAGCGUACGACGGACAAGUCUCCCAUUCUGCUCCUCGUCGGUCCCCCUGGAACUGGCAAGACUAGCUUGGCUAGGUCUGUUGCUGCGUCACUUGGCCGCAAGUUCCACCGGAUUUCUCUUGGUGGUGUUCGUGACGAAGCAGAGAUUCGCGGUCACCGGCGGACUUAUGUCGCCGCCAUGCCCGGUCUCAUUGUCAAUGGCCUGAAGAAGGUUGGUGUCGCCAAUCCGGUGUUCUUGCUCGACGAGAUCGACAAGAUUGGUGGUGCCAACUUCCAGGGCGAUCCUUCUGCAGCCAUGCUGGAGGUCUUGGACCCGGAACAGAACCACACCUUUACCGAUCAUUACAUCAAUAUUCCCAUCGAUUUGAGCAAGGUUCUCUUCCUCGCCACUGCCAACUCCUUGGAUACCAUUCCGGCACCUCUGCUCGACCGUAUGGAGACCAUCUCACUCUCGGGGUACACUACUGUCGAGAAGCGGCACAUCGCUAAGCGCCACCUGAUUCCCAAGCAGGUCCGCGCCAACGGGUUGGCCGAUAGUCAGAUCAACCUGUCCGAUGAGGUCAUUGACAAGACCAUCACAUCGUACACUCGUGAAUCGGGUGUGCGUAACCUGGAGCGUGAGCUUGGCUCGAUCUGCCGUUACAAGGCUGUUCAGUUCGCCGAUGCCGGCGACACUGAUCGCCUGGAGGAGUAUAACCCGACCGUAACCUUGGAGGAUCUGGAGGAAAUUUUAGGCAUCGAGCGCUUCGAGGAGGAGAUUGCCGAGAAGCACGGCCGUCCUGGUGUGGUCACCGGCCUCGUUGCCUACUCUAGCGGUGGCCAGGGCAGCAUCCUCUUCAUUGAAGUGGCUGACAUGCCUGGUAACGGACGCGUCCAGCUCACCGGCAAGCUCGGUGAUGUCCUCAAGGAGUCCGUCGAGGUGGCUCUCACCUGGGUGAAGGCCCAUUCGUUCGAGUUGGGCCUUACUCACGACCCCAACGAGGAUAUCAUGAAGAGCCGUAGCCUGCACGUCCACUGCCCGUCUGGUGCCAUCCCCAAGGAUGGUCCUUCGGCCGGUAUUGCUCACACCGUUGCGCUCAUCUCUUUGUUCACCAACAAGGCUGUGCCUCCGCAGAUUGCCAUGACUGGCGAGAUCUCACUGCGGGGUCGUGUGAUGCCUGUUGGUGGUAUCAAGGAGAAGCUCAUCGGUGCUCUGCGUGCAGGCGUGAAGACUGUGUUGCUGCCCUACCCUAACCGGAAGGAUGUCAAGGAUGUCCCUCGGGAGGUGAGCGAGGGCCUGGAGAUUAUUUAUGUCCAACACAUCUGGGAAGCUCUUCGCCACAUCUGGCCUGAUGCGCACUGGCCUGGCCAGCACCAGAUGAACUUUGUUGAGAGUCGCUUGUAG